AGUGCCCUGGGUAUUAUGUCACAGUCUAGCUGGGGAGGAGGGCUGGAGUUUAUUAGGGAAACGCCUGUGUACAAAGUACUAAACAAUAAUUCCUCGCUCCCUGAAACUUGACCCAGCAAGCUCAUAACUAUCAAGCUUUCCCUUGAUUUAUAGCCAUCACCAGGCUGUCCUAGGAAAGGCUUGUGGUCUGAGUUUUGCAUUGUUUGUAUGAUAUCAAGAAUACAACUUUGUGCUGGCUGAAAGGUAACAUUUUAUCUGGAAUAGUACUCUGAUUUUUGACACUAAUGGCCUUAAAUAAGAUGGAGAGUUUGAAAUUUGAUGGAACAGAGCGCCUAGCUGUGGACUAUGUGAAGGGAAUUCUUCAACCCAAGCCCACCUGUGACAUCUGGGAUCAGAUCUGGGACUUCCAAGCCAAGCCUGAUGAUCUGCUUAUUUCUACCUAUCCUAAAGCUGGAACAACAUGGACUCAGGAGAUAGUGGACUUGAUACAAAAUGAAGGUGAUGUUGACAAAAGUCACCGAGCACCUACUCACGUACGAUUUCCUUUCAUCGAAAUGAUAAUCCCAUUCAUUGGAUCUGGUUUGGAACAAGCUAAUGCAAUGCCCUCACCACGGACCCUGAAAACACAUCUUCCCAUCCACUUGCUGCCACCAUCCUUCCUAGAGAAAAACUGUAAGAUAAUCUAUGUAGCAAGAAAUCCCAAGGACAAUAUGGUGUCUUAUUACCAUUUCCAAAGGAUGAAUAAAUCACUCCCUGAUCCAGGAACCUGGGAAGAGUAUUUUGAGAGUUUUCUGGCUGGAAAAGUAUGCUGGGGUUCUUGGUAUGACCAUGUGAAAGGAUGGUGGGAUGCCAAAGACCAACACCGUAUUCUCUACCUCUUCUAUGAGGACCUGAAGAUGAACCCAAAGCAUGAAAUUCAGAAGCUGGCAGAAUUCAUUGGAAAGAGCCUGGAUGAUAAAGUUCUAGAUAAAAUUAUCCAUCACACUUCAUUUGACAUUAUGAAGCAGAAUCCAAUGGCAAACUAUUCAUCAAUUCCUACUGAAAUCAUGAACCACUCUAUUUCUCCAUUCAUGAGAAAAGGGGAAGUUGGAGACUGGAAAAAUCACUUUACUGUGGCUGAGAAUGAGAGAUUUGAUGAAGACUAUAAGAAGAAAAUGGCUAAUACCAGUCUAACUUUCCACUUUCAAUUCUAGUAAGGAAGAAAACAAAGUUUUUUAGUCGAUUAUUUCUGGGUAAUAAUCAACAAAAGUUUUACUACCCAGACUACAUGACAUUGGAUCCAGGUUCUCAGACUAGUUGUUUAUUGUAUUUGCUUUUGUGCACUCUAAAAAAAAAGUGAUAGAGCUAGCAGAGCUUGGGUGCAAUGUAGGACGGUGAUGUGGCAAGAGGGAGGUUCAAUAAAUUAUUAGUUACAAACAUGGCAUCAUUGCUAAUUAUCAUUACACUUAAGUUUUCUACAGAUCAUGUGCUUGUUAACAUAUUAAAAAAUGCUUCAGUCCAUACAUAAGAAUACACUAAGUUUUAAGAUUAAGUGUUUGUUGAAGAUAACUUUUAAAUGCAGUAAUAAAAUGUGUAAAUAAUGACUAUUUCAUCCAGCAAUUUUUGGGAAGCCAAGUAACCGCCAAGUAACUCUGUUUCCCCAUGAAAUCUCCACUUCAAGGUUGUUUCUAUAUUUAAUCCCAUCUCUCACCACAACCUAUGUAUUUAACUGGACUCUCUUUUCCACCCACAACCAGUGCUAUAAUUCAGUCCUGGAGUCAUGUCUUGACUCACCUCCCUUCAAUGUCUCUAUGAUCAUAUUCUAAUAUAUUAGCAACAUCUGUCAGUUUUACCUCUGUGAAUCUCAUUUGUAUAGCCAUGCUUCUGGUUCAGAAACAUACUAUCUCUCGCCUAGACUAGUGUAAGCUUCCCAGCUCAUUUCUCUGUUCAUCACACAUCUGCCAAAGUUAUUUUCCUAUAGCAAGACUCUGAAUAUAUUUCUCUUUAGCUCUAAAUUCUUCAAUGAUUCUGAACUUUCACUACCUGAAAGAUAAAUCUCAAGCUUUUCAGCCAUGAAUUCCAAGGUAGCUAUAACCAUAUGCUAUAGUUAAUCACAUCCUCCAAACCAACUUUCCAGCUUGAUUUCAUCUUCUAAGCCACCUCCAUACUUCAGCAAACUAACCUGUUAGUCACUGAGCCCUGAUCACAUCCUGCAUGUUCCUAUCCUACUAGUUUCAUUUUCACCAUGCUUCCACCCAAAAUGUCCUUUCCUUUAUUUCUACCUAUCCAAAAAAUAUAACAGGCAUCAGUAACCAGCACGUGCCCUCCCAUCCCUCCCAUCUCUCCUAUUCCUGAAGAGAUUUUUGUUCUUCUGAAUCCUCUACACUUGGUGUAAUUCUUUUUUUAAUUAAGAUUAAAGUGUAUUCUAUUG